AUGGAAGCCUGCGGGCUUCACUACUAUACGUCAGUUGAAGAGGCACAAAGAUGUCAGUGGCCCACCAAAGCAGUCAGUGGCGAAUGAAUAACGGGUCCCGCCUGGCUUCUCGCUAACUUACAGACUCCACCGCUAUCUAGUUGAAACGUGUACUACGUCACCGAGAAUAGUUGGUACUUUAAGUGGCUUUCUACAUCGAAACCUAUCCAUUAACGCACAGAAUAGAAGCUAGAAGUUGACAUCGCCUAUAAGAUCGGAUAUGCGCAGUUGAUAUGGCUGAUCUGCGGUGAUAGACGGAGUUAAAAUGAACAUAAGUUGGCGUUACGUACUCAUUGCUGUUUUUCUUCUAGAUAUAUGGAACGUCAGCUGUUUAUGGUGGACACUUGGCCGGCAGCUAGUUUUGGACCCUAGUCGCAUUUGUAAGAAGACAAGGAGAUUGAGAGGGAAACAAAUGGCAAUUUGUCAACAGGAACCGGUGGUAAUUCGUCAUAUCGGACGAGGUGCACAGUUAGGAGUUCGAGAAUGUCAGUACCAAUUUCGCAGUAGAAGAUGGAACUGUAGUAGAAUACAUCGUUCAAUGAGAAAAGUUUUAGUUAGAGAUACGAGAGAAACUGGUUACGUAAAUGCAAUUACAGCGGCGGGAGUUACUCAUGCUUUAACGCAAGCCUGUAGUCAAGGUCUACUUUUGGAUUGUUCUUGCGGUCAGAGCAUGAGAAGUGUUGAUCGCGAAGGACAAUGGGAAUGGAACGGAUGCGGGGAUAAUGUCGAAUAUGGAUACAGGAAAUCUGCCGAAUUUAUGAAUGACAGAUAUCGAAAGAGAAGCGAUAUUAAGACUAUGGUUCUCAAUCAUAAUUAUGAAGCUGGACGUUUGGCAGUAAAGAAUUAUAUGCGUAUAAUGUGCAAAUGUCACGGGAUGUCUGGAUCUUGCACAGUCAAGUCUUGUUGGCACAAAUUGCCCAUUUUUCGCGAUGUCGGGCACAGACUAAAGGAGAAAUUCGAUGGUGCAGCAAAAGUAACUGCAGGAAACGACGGGAAAGGAUUUAUUCCAGAAGGGGAGACCAUUAAACCACCAGACAAAGAAGACUUAGUUUAUUCAGAAGAUUCUCCUAGUUAUUGUGUACCAAACCGUAAAACUGGUUCUUUGGGCACAAAAGGAAGGGAAUGCAACGAUACAUCUAUGGGGGUCGAAGGCUGUGAUUUACUGUGCUGCGGACGAGGAUACGAUCCCACUAAAGUCACUGAAGUGGUAAAUUGUAAAUGUCGUUUCCAAUGGUGUUGUAAGGUCAAUUGUGAGACGUGUACGGUUAAUAGAACUAUUAAUAGAUGUCGAUAAAUCUUAAUAUUUUUGAUUACUUUUUAUGAAGAACGAUUUAAUUACUAAUUAAAAUAUAAACCAGUAUGUGUCUUUUUUGUAUUGCGAACGAGAUAUUGGACGAACAUGAAAAAUUCAUCAAAAAUUCUCUUCCGCAUCACUUAGAUGUGUAUAAAAAUGUAUAUAACCUAAAUUACAAAAGGACUUAUAGGUUAUUUUUAAGCAAUUUUAAAGAUAAAAGAAAUUCUAAAAUAUGCUCUUUUAUGAGGAAAAAUGUUUACUAAAAAUUAUAAAUAAUUUAUGGAAAAAUUGGUAUAUGUAUCAUAAUGAUAUCGGCUGUUUUUGUAGUGAAAGUAUUAAAAUGAAUCUUAUUUUUU